UAAUUCACCAUGAGAUUUUUCAAGAAUACCCAUGCUUACAACUCGUAACGAGUGGCCACAGUUCUCUCUGUCUCAAUUAUUAAUAAGUCUUUAGACAACAAAACAUGACCCAUGUCUUUUGUUUUCUAGCAUUUGGAAGGAGUAUCUAUUUCCUUCUUUCUGUUUGUUUUCCAUCUUCUUCUUCACCUUCACAAACCAAAACCAAAAACAAAAACAACAAAAACACCGCAUAAUUAUUCUUUCGUCUUUGGUUUCAAAUUUUCUCAACGUUUUUCGCAUUAGACCGGUCACAAGAAUGAGUUGAUGGCUUCUGGAGUUCAAGUUAUGGAGAAACCAAUACAACUUCAACAACAACAACAGCAACAACAACAACAACAACCACACGAAGCAUUAAAGUGCCCGCGGUGUGAUUCCUCAAACACAAAAUUUUGUUACUACAACAACUACAGUUUGUCGCAGCCGCGACAUUUCUGUAAAGCUUGUAAACGAUAUUGGACUAGAGGUGGCACCUUGAGGAAUGUCCCGGUGGGUGGUGGCUGCAGGAAGAACAAAAGAGUCAAGAAACCGAGUACUACUAGUGUUCAUGCUGUAGCCACCCCAUCACCGGUUAAUCAUCGUCAAACAAACCCUAACUCUAACCCUAAUCUUGAUCGAAAUCCGAUCCCAUCUUCCACUACUACAAAUAGUAACACCAACCAUCAUCUCAACCCCUUGUUCUACGGGUUAUUGCCUCAAAACCCUAAUUACCCUAGAUUUGAUAGUAGGGUUUCUAGCGUAAACGAAAUCCUAGUUCCCGGUUAUGAUCUUAUUCAACCUCAUGUUAAUGCAUCCGGGUUAGGGUUUUCGUCUACGGGUACUGGAGGUUCACUUGUGGCUAAUCAAUGUCACAAUUCAAAUAUAACCUUUUCAAGCUACAACCCAUCCAUAUAUUGUGGUGGUUCGACUUCUAGCUCCACUAGUGCUCCCACCAUGGCUUCUCUCUUAGCUUCAAGCUUUAAUCAACAGCAAAGAUACAUGGGGUUUGCAGCCUACGAUGGUGGUUCAAUGGUUAAAGAUCUGAAAAUGGAAGACACACAAAAUAGGAUGGAAUGGAGUACUAACAAUUUUCAUGACCAAAAUAAGAAUGAUCAAAAUGAUCAAGCUGUCGUUUCUUCUGAUCCGAAUUCUCUUUUAUGGGAUUCCGAAGGGGGAGGCUGGCUUGAUCCAACGAAUAACAUCGGUUCUUCGGUUACUUCCUUGAUCUAAUCCCAAAAGCACCCCUACACAAAGUUUUCUUCCAGUCCUAAUCUUUUUUUCUUUUCACUUCAUCACCUUGUUUUUUCACUCAACUUUCAUCAUGUUUUAGCUAGUAUAGGAAAAUUCAUGUCAAAGCAUCGAUGGGAGGGGAUCGGAUCGGAGCUAUCAUGUCAGCUAGCAAACGUAGAUUUCAGUUGUUUUAGUUUUACCGCAAACAAGGCUGGAAAUUAAAAUAUAUAUAUGUAUUGAUUUUGCGCUGAGAGGAACCUCGAUCCGCUUCGUCUCAUCAACCCAAGUUCGGUCAUCAAGAAUGCAAGACAAUAUCAUCAAGAACUUGGGUUCAAUACUCCUGGUGUGUUCUUCUAUCUUUUUCUGUAUAUACAAGUAUUUAUGUUUUUAUAAAUUAGGUUUGUGGUGGUCUGUUAUGAGGUGGAUAUUAUUCAAUACUUUAGUUUUUUUCUUUAUGGAUUAAGAGGGAAAGAAUGGCGGUAUAUUGGUAUAGAAGAGAGGGGAUGUGUAUAAUUUUGAAUCUUACAUUUUAAGUUCAGAUGUUUUAAUUUUAUUGUGUUAUUUGUGUCAUCGAACAUUCGUGGCUUUUCGAUAACGCUGGUUAUAUUUAGCGGUCGCAAA